CUUGUGUCUGGGGGACAACUUUUGAGACGCACCCACUCAGGAAGUUAGUCGCAUUCAGCGCGUUUUGGUUGUGUACAUGCGUAGCCGACCAUUCAAAGGCGGUUAUACUUAUGCUGAAGUAAAGAUAAAGUCACCUUUGCGAAAUGGCCUCUACGGAGAAAGAAACUCCUUCUAAAAAGGUUGCUGCGCCGUCUGUGUCCCAGAUAAAUGCGGAAUAUGUCACACAGUUGGCAAACAAAUACUGGGCUCCCCAUGCAAAGAACAAACUACCCUUUGACCCUAAGGUCAUGGAAGAUAUUUAUGAGAAAGAAAUUCUCAUGUCCAAGUUUGCCAUUAGAAAAAUUAUGCUGCUUGAAUUCAGCCAAUACCUUGAAAACUACCUGUGGGUGAACUAUACUCCUGAGGUGUCCAGCAAGGCUUUUCUCAUGUCCAUUUGCUGCAUUGUCAAUGAGAAGUUCAGAGAAAAUGUUCCAGCAUGGGAGGUAUUCAAGAAGGAGCCCAGCCACUUCCCAUUCUUCUUCAAAUGUGUGAGGGAAGCUGUGCUGGCAGGCGAGGAGGCUGGUCUCACUCUGAAGGAGCAAACCGUGCUCCUGGUUUUCCUGGACCACUGCUUCAAUAGUCUGGAGGUGGAUUUGAUCAGAGAGCAGGUGCAGCAACUCAUCUCUCUGCCCAUGUGGAUGUGCCUCAUACCAUCCCGACUCCAGCACGAGCUGAAGAAAGUUCCAAAGCUGCAGAAGUUCUGGAAUCUAAUCAAGAAGAAAUUUGAUAAGAUGGAUGCUGACGCAGCUGAGCAGGCAACUAAAGAGAGGACCUUCCUCUCAGCUCUCAUUAAAAAGUUUCUCGGGGUUCUCGAGUCAAUUCCACCUUCAGGGGAUGCGUGCAUGGACAAAGUUCAUUACUGCGAGAGGUUCAUUGAACUCAUGAUUGAUUUGGAGGCACUGCUGCCCACCAGGCGUUGGUUUAAUACGAUGCUGGAUGACUCUCAUUUGAUGGUCAGCUGCCACCUCUCCAGCCUCACAAAGAGAGAGAAGGAGGGACACCUCUUCUGCCAGUUGCUCGACAUGCUCAAGUUCUACACUGGUUUUGAGAUCAAUGACCAGACAGGAAUGGCCCUGACUCAGAAAGAGAUGACCACUCUCCACUAUGACAAGAUCACCUCACUGCAGAGGGCAGCCUUCGCUCAUUUCCCAGAGUUGCACGACUUUGCCUUGUCCAGCGUGGCAGCAGUGGACACUCGAGAAUCCCUGACCAAACACUUUGGCCAUCUCAGUCCCAAUAUGCUCCACCAGGUGGCCUCAUAUCUGUGCCUGCUGCCAGAGCUGCCUGAAGGGCAAGACACCACCAUUGAGAAAGAUGUCCUCCUUGAGUUGCUGGUGUCCCGUCAUGAGCGCAGAAUCUCUCAGAUUGAGCAACUAAACCAGAUGCCCCUUUAUCCGACGGAGAAGAUAAUCUGGGACGAGAACAUCGUUCCGACCGAGUACUACUCGGGCGAAGGCUGCCUCGCGUUACCAAAGCUGAAUCUCCAGUUCCUGACCCUCCAUGACUACCUGCUGAGGAACUUUAACCUCUUCCGUCUAGAGUCCACAUAUGAGAUCAGACAGGACAUAGAAGAUGUGGUUUGGCGAAUGAAACCAUGGCAAUCGGAGUACGGUGGAGUGGUGUUCGGGGGCUGGGCGAGGAUGGCUCAGACGAUCACCUCCUUUUCCAUAGUGGAAGUUGCCAAGCCCAACAUCGGAGAAAGCUGGCCUGCUCGCGUCCGAGCUGAUGUCACCAUUAACCUCAAUGUGCAAGAUCAUAUUAAGCACGAGUGGGAAGGUCUGCGGAAGCACGACGUUUGCUUUCUGAUCACGGUACGGCCCAACCUGCCUUACGGCACACGAUUUGACCGCCGGCAGCCCUUUGUGGAGCAGACUGGCCUGGUGUACGUGAGAGGCUGCGAGGUACAGGGCAUGCUGGAUGACAAGGGCCGCGUCAUUGAGGAAGGACCCGAACCAAAACCUAAGCUGCGAGGAGACGCCAGAACGUUUCGCGUGUGGCUCGACCCGAACCAGUAUCAGCAGGACAUGACCAGCAGCAUUCAGAGCGGCACCGAGGAUCCAUACGACACUUUCAACAUCAUCAUGAGACGCAAACCCAAGGAGAACAAUUUCAAGGCUGUGCUGGAGACCAUCAGGCACCUGAUGAACACAGAGUGCGUUGUCCCGGAUUGGCUUCACGACAUCAUCCUAGGCUACGGUGACCCAGGAAGCGCCCACUACUCCAAAAUGCCCAAUCAGAUCUCCACGUUGGACUUCAACGACACCUUUCUGAACCUGGACCACCUGCGGUCGUGCUUCCCUGGUUACACCAUCAAGGUUGACGAAGAGAACCCUGAGCUGCAGGUCCCCCCUUUUAGAAUCAAGUUCCCCAUCUCAGACAAAACAGACAAAGGGAAGAAGAGAAAGGCUGAUGAAGACAUGGAGGGCAAAAGUGAGGACAUGACCUUGACCGUUGAACCCUAUGUCACCCUCAACCGUGGGCCUUACCCCUACAACCAGCCCAAACGGAAUACGAUUCAGUUCACUCCUACUCAGAUUGAAGCCAUUCGAGCCGGGAUGCAGCCAGGACUGACCAUGGUCGUGGGACCACCAGGAACUGGAAAAACGGAUGUUGCCGUUCAGAUCAUCUCAAACCUUUAUCACAACUUUCCCGAGCAGAGGACUCUCAUAGUUACCCACUCGAACCAGGCUCUGAACCAGCUCUUUGAAAAGAUCAUGGCUCUGGACAUCGACGAACGCCACCUUCUGCGUCUCGGCCACGGAGAGGAGGAGCUGGAAACCGAGAAGGACUUCAGCAGGUAUGGCAGAGUCAACUAUGUCCUAGCCAGAAGACUGGAGCUCCUCAGAGAGGUGGGAAGGUUGCAGGAGAGCUUGGAUGUCCCGGGAGAUGUGUCUUACACCUGCGAGACUGCUGGACACUUCUACCUCUACCAGGUGAUAUCUCGCUGGGAACAGUACAUGAGCAAAGUCAAGCCCAAACACGGCAAGGAAGUGGAGGCGGGGGCCGUUGCUGCACACUUUCCCUUCCACAAGUACUUUUCCAACGCACCCCAACCCGUGUUCAAGGGCCGGUCGUACGAGGAGGACAUGGACAUCGCGGAGGGCUGCUACCGCCACAUCAAGAAGAUAUUCACCCAGCUGGAGGAGUUCAGGGCUUUUGAGCUCCUGAGGAGUGGACUGGACCGCUCCAAGUAUUUGCUGGUGAAGGAAGCCAAAAUCAUCGCCAUGACCUGCACCCACGCUGCACUCAAACGUCACGACCUCGUGGAGCUGGGUUUUAAGUAUGACAACAUCCUGAUGGAGGAAGCUGCGCAAAUUCUUGAGAUCGAGACCUUCAUCCCGCUGCUGUUACAGAACCCAGAGGACGGCUACAGCAGGCUGAAGCGUUGGAUCAUGAUCGGAGACCACCACCAGCUGCCCCCAGUCAUCAAGAACAUGGCCUUCCAGAAGUACUCCAACAUGGAGCAAUCCCUCUUCACUCGAUUCGUGCGCCUAGGGGUCCCCACCAUAGACCUGGACGCACAGGGCCGCGCACGUGCAAGCCUGUGUAACUUGUACAACUGGCGCUACAAACACCUGGGCAACCUGCCUCAUGUCCAGCAACUACCAGAGUUCCAGGUGCCCAACCCUGGCCUGACCUUCGACUUCCAGCUCAUUAACGUGGAGGACUUCAAUGGGGUGGGAGAGUCUGAGCCCAACCCUUACUUCUAUCAGAACCUGGGUGAGGCAGAGUAUGCUGUGGCUCUCUACAUGUACAUGCGUCUGCUGGGUUACCCCGCCGACCGCAUCAGCAUCCUCACCACCUACAACGGACAGAAACACCUGAUCAGAGACGUCAUCAACCAACGCUGCGCUGGAAAUCCCUUCUUCAGCCAGCCUAACAAGGUUACAACGGUGGACAGGUUCCAGGGUCAGCAGAACGACUACAUCAUCCUCUCGCUGGUGCGCACCAAAGCAGUGGGACACCUAAGGGACGUGAGGCGUCUGGUCGUGGCCAUGUCAAGAGCUAGACUGGGUCUGUACAUCUUUGCCCGGGUGUCAUUGUUCCAGAACUGCUUCGAGCUAACGCCUGCCUUCAACCAGCUCACUGCCAGACCGCUGCAGCUGCACAUCAGACCGCACGAGUACUACGGCCAGGAAAAGCCUAGAGACGCUUCAGGACAGCCCGACCAGAUCGUGAAGAACAUGCCGGAGAUGGCCAACCUGGUGUAUAACAUGUACAUGCACAUGAUCCAGACCUCCCAGAAGUACAGACAGCAGCAACAGCAGAACCUGGCCCUGCCUCCACAACAGAGCAAGGAAGACGCCGUGGUCGAAAAAGCGCCAGCCAGCGCCGAGGAGCCGCAGAAAGAAACCCCCAUGGAGCAGGAAAGCCCAGAAGGAGGGGCGAGCUCAGAGCCAAACUCGGCGGACGGCGGUGAGAAGGAAGGAAACCAGGAUGCAGGCCACGCGAAGAUGCCAGAGCACCCGGGAAGAGACAGCGACAGUGAAGGCGAGGACGGCGCGGAGGGGCAGGGGCAGUAGAGUGUCCUCAGACGGGACUGCUAUUGAGGGACCAGGUGGAUUCCCUGAAGAGAAACGUGAUUCUGAAUUUGCAGAUUCUUACGAGUUUUCCAUAUUAUUAUUUUUUUUGUAAAACAUUGCAUUUUUGCUACCGUCAGUACUUUAUUAAAAAAAAUGAAAAAACCUGUUAAUUGUCUGCGGCGCAUUUAUUUACGCUCAAUCGCCGCCACCGAGGAUAACAAUGCUCUUCACGUGAUCUGUUCGUCUCACUUACACCCUAACAAAUAGUCAGCAAACAUGCUUAAGCUUUGCAGAAUCUCUUUGUCAUGAUACGUCCAUCCAUUCAUCUGCUUCCAUCCCCAGCGUUAAGCACAACUCAAAUCUGACUGGCUCAGCCUAUACCGGCCACACAAGCUGCAACUAAGCUGCAUUUGUAGGUCAGUCCCUUCACCCAAGGGCCUGCGUGCAUCCUGGGGAAUUUCAACUUGCCCUCCGGAUGUACACACUCGCUCGACCAGCGAGCCUUAAAUCCACUGCCAUUCAUAACUUUGCGUGGAGUAGUAGCCGGUUUGGUUUUGAGAUUCGGUCAUGGAGAAAAUAAUCCGUGUUUCCAGAAAGAAAAAUGAAAAAAAAAAAAUAAAAAAUACACGUUCCAACCAGAACUGUGCAGUUUUAACAUAAAUAAAUUAAAUUAAUUAAAGUUGCGAGGUUAACACAGUUCACAACCCUGCAGGCGAAAACACAGACUGGAAAUUUAUUCAUUAUCAUGCACCAGAGGUUAGUUGUUACAUCAUACCCCAGGCUGAUGGAACAGGUCAGCUGCACAGCUGCUUGUGCCUGGGCCAGUUCAAAGACCUGAUGGAGAACCAUGUGUUGAUGGAUGUGGAGAGACACAUUUCCUGCAUUCAGUCAUGUGUGGAGCCAUGAAAUGUCUUUUUUUUUUUUUUUUUCCCCUAUCUUUGAGUGCAGGGUACACCAGGUCGAGGUUCACACGAGUGUAUUGGAGUAGUAGGCUAUGCCUCCCUGUCGGCUGAAGAAAGGAUUAGAAUGAGAGGUUAGAUAAGAGAGAUUAUCUCUGUCUUACUGAGGCUACACCUGUGAACAACUGGCAAAAGCUUUGACGCGGCGCCAGCGAGAAUGUGACAUACAUAACCGCGUCACAUGAUGGAGAAUUUCUGCGUAAAUAAGCGCAGCCAUAGCACGCGUACUAAAUGUUCUACCGCAUCACCAGAAACCCAUGACACGCAGCACAUUUUUUUUUUCUCAAGUCACAUGAAUGUCUGCAUUGUGUAAUAUCCUCCUUCUUGUCGAGCCUUCCAGUUCUGUUUUCUCGCAGCUGGCCUCAUGAGAAUUCGGUUGCCCGUGGUACCUUGUUGUAGUAAAUUAGAGCUAACUGGUGGGAAGUGGCUACCGCUACACACAUCAUCAUCAUCAUCAUCUGUGCGAGUCUUGAGCAGGAGCUGGGAGACUCUCUGCGAGCGAGAAGGAAACCGGGCGCUCACUUCCUCCAGAAACUUUUCCUCUGCUGAAGGUGAACAUGUCUUUUAUACUCACGCGACAGACUAGGAUGGCCAGCUGCGGCUCGUGUCUCUGGUGCAUCGUAUGGCUGGUGGUUCUGCUGUUCAUUGGCUGGCCUCUCAGCAUCACCUUAGGGGGCCUCUACGGGCUCAUCACCCCCCUCACCACGUGUCUCGGCCUGGACCGACUCUCCGAUUUACUCCUGGAGGGCGCAAACCUGGGCCGAACCUGUGCCAAUAACAUGAGGCACUGCAAGCCGCUGUGUUGAGGUCCGCACCGGGGCAAUCCGGGCCUGACGACACGGGGGUCGAAAGGCGCGAUUGCUGAUUUUUUUUUUUACAGAGAAAUGAGCCGCUUUGAAGAGAACCGUUGGCGUCUGUCUUGUGUGGAGAUAUCCUGCGGUGACUCUCACUGACUGCCAGUCGAUACGUCGAGAAACUUUUUUAGCAACUUAUGUAACGGGUCCAGAAGGUCUGGAAAAUGGCUUCCACUCAUACUGUUAACAUGUAAUUAACUAUGGAUUUAGAAUUUGUAUGGGUUUGUCAGGAAGAAAUAGGCUUUGUGCUCAUGGUCUGUGACACUGCAUGAAGAAGAUAAGAAUGAAAAUGGCAACUCAACAAUGGAAAUGUUUAGACUUGUAAAUGACUGUAUGGACUCUUAUAAUGCGAUUAAAACGGCUUUGAACUUGC